AGCAAGCCUCAGGAAGUGAUGUAACUCAGUCAGGAAGCAGCUUUCUUUCACUUCUAGCUCUCAUGAAGGGCAGUCAUGAUCUUCUUUUCCCAGGCCCUGGCAUUCACAUCUCCUCAAAUAUCGAACCAUGAAAACCCUGAUAUUAAUCGUGAUCCUGACAAGUUUUUACUCAGCCACACAAGGAAAGAUAAACUUCAAUACCUUUACCAAAUCUCUGCAAAUGUACUCUGAAACCUUGAAAGCUAAACAAUGUUGGAUCUGUGCUGAGAUACCACAAGAUGCAAACAGUGGAAUUCCAUUACGACCUAUUCCAUUUACCCUUCUGGAAAUGUUGAACCUCACAAAUCAAGACUGGGUUCCAAGAAAUAACUCUUUCCCAAAGACACAACCUUUUAUGAGGCUUGUCCAUACAAAUGUGACUGCUGAUGUUUGCUUACAAGGAGAAGGAACAAGCAAUCACCCAUUUCUUGGGAAAAGUCCUUGUCAUUUUAUUUUUGCUUCCCGAAAUGCCAGUGAACAAUGUUUUGAGCAUUUUAGUAAUGAAACUUGCUGGACAUUUAAAAAAGCUAGAACUAAACAUUGGGUUACAACAUGGAUGGUUCCAAUUAGAACAGGCAUAUAUUAUAUAUGUGGUAAUAAAGCCUACAAAUGGCUUCCUGAGAACUGGACUGGAUUGUGUUAUUUGGGACAUGUAAUUCCAUCCAUUAGACAUAUUACAACAUUACCUGAUUCUAAUAUUAGAAAUGUUAGAUUAAAAAGACAUAUUAACAUAGAAAAAAUGGAUGUAGGAGAUGAUGUCCUUGCAGGAGCAGCAAUUUUUCCAUUCUAUGGAGCAGGGAAAGCUAUUUGGGAAAUUAGAAAGUUGGCAGGAUUAUUGGAGGAAUUAAGUAAUGCUACAUUUGAAGCAACAGAGGAAGUUACUUUAGAAAUGACUGCCAUGAGAACUAUGGUCUUACAAAACUACAUUGUAUUAGACUUUGUUCUAACUAGUAAAGGAGGUACUCGUGCAUUGAUAGGAGAGGAAUAUGGUAUUUAUAUUCCUGAUAAUGAACCUGAAAUCAGUCACCUCAAGCUAAUUGAGGAAGUUGCUCAAAAGACACAAACAGAAAAAGAAACAUGGUUCUCUUGGCUGAAUGGUUCUAUCAGUAGCUGGGGAGGAAAAAUAAUGCAGCUUACACUGGUCAUACUUGGUAUAUUAGGAUGUGCAAACCUAUUAAUUGUUGUCAUCAAGUGUGGAAUCGAAUGGGUAAGACAACAAGCAGUACAGGUUUUGACAAUGGACCAAAUGCAUCAGGUCCAAGACAUUGUACGAUUUAUGAAGUAUUCUGAACCAACGAAGCUUGAUAAUAUGCACUAAACAAAAUCAACAAACAUGGGUUCUCAUAUGUUUGUUCAGGGGGAACUGUUACAGUAUUGGGAUCUCAAGCAAUUUUGGGACACCAGCUUACAGAAAUCUUAUCUGAGCAGCAUGUAUGAACAAUCUUUUAUUUUGAAUGCCAGUGACUGAAAACAUGAAUACAAAAGCUGCAUGGAAUGCCUGACUAAAAGGGCAUCAGCCAAGAAAAGAUAGCACUGAGGAAUAAUUUCUCUCUUUAUCAAGGCAUAAUUAUUAAUAUAAAUAAAUAUUUAUACUGAAAAUAAUUCUUCUAAUAAUCAAAUGUCAGACAACAGAUGCAAACUAGUUAUAAGACUUCGCAGUGGUUUUUAGAAUUGUUAGCUCGGCUACUGACACAGGCAAAAAUAGAGUGGAAAGGUCACAGCAGCCUGAAACAAGGGUCACACACUGAUGUAUUAUAACAGCAGGAAUGGCUCUUCUAUUAGAAGUUGUAUAAAACAUGUAUUAAUCAGUACUUUUCUAUUUCUAUCGAAACAUUCCUAUAUUAUAUGUGAAAAGAAUGCAAAUAAUGUAAAAUACAUGAUUUGUAAAAUGUACAUAUAUGCCAUUAAUAUCAAAGGAUCAGGAAAUGUAUAUUGUUAUACUUCACAUAUUACCCAUACAAUGAAUGACAGGAGCAGAUGUUGUGCCUUGCAUAUACAUGCUGCAAAGCUGCGGACUUUAUAUGAAGUUUUUAUUAAGCU